AAACAAGGCACAGAGGUGAUCAGCUCAGUCUAAGUAGACUUUGAGCCAGAGUAAUCAGCCUGCACAAGUUGACCCACAAGUACUAUGCAGCUAUGUAACCUCAUCCUCUUACAUAAACCAAGAUAAAUAACCCCCAACCCCUGUUAGAUGCACCUGAUAACAGCCGUAACCUGAGACCCUCAGUACGUUUUCAAUGCAUACCCCAAAAAAGAGUCAGAAUUCAAAAGAAAUGUAAGUUUGAGGAUCAGAGAGCUUAAUUGUUUUACUUUUUCUUGCAAGAACACGUGUUUCUUUGAGAGGCAGGAUUUGCUCAUGAAAAAAUACUUACUAUUCCUUUCCUUUUGCUCCACAAUAAUGUCCUGUUCAUUGCAUUCAGGAACAUAUGCUGUAAAACUCUGCAUUGUACCUUUAACACACGCUUUGCUGUGUCAUGCCUUGGCCACUUGACUGUGACUGUUAAUUUUUACCCGUUACGCAACUCUUAACCUCUGUCCAAUCAGGGUUUUGUUUGUGUAUCUGUGUGUACACGUUGCUUAUGUUGAAGUGGGUGAGCUCUGUUCAGCUCUCAUUUACACAAAGAGGGACAACAAGGCAACACCUGGAAAAAGAGCAUAAUGGCACUCCUCCUGUGGCUUGGCCUGUCGCUGCUGGUCUCUGUCCACUCCAGCGACGUCAAGAACUGCCACCAUGGCUGCCGCUGUGAAGUGGAAAGCUUUGGUCUGUUCGACAGCUUCAGCCUGACCAGGGUGUACUGUCGAGGCUUGGGACCCGGCACCACCAUGCCCAUCCCCAUCCCACUGGACACCGCCCACCUAGACCUGUCGUCCAACGCCAUGGGCCCGCUCACUGACACCAUGCUGGCCGGUCCAGGCUACACCACCCUCGUUAGCUUGGACCUAAGCAACAACCUUCUAACAAAGGUAACAUCCAAUGUUUUGUCCAAGUUGCGUUACCUGGAGACUCUGGAUCUGAGCCACAACAACCUGCAGAGCCUCUCUCCGAGAUGCUUCUCCGGCCUCCCUCUGGCUGAAGUUGACCUCAGCCACAACAGCUUCCAAGAGUUCGACAUGGACGUGUUCGCCACUAAAGUUAAUGGCGAACCCGUCAGCGUGGAUCUGUCUCAUAACAAGCUUGUGUCGGUCUCCACGACUUCGCGUGGAAGAGAGUUGCACAUUCAAAGCUUAAAUCUGUCAGCAAACCGGCUGUUGAGCGUACCGAGGCUGGCGGGACUUCCACUGAGGUACCUCAAUCUGGACGAUAACCCCAUCACACAGAUCAAUGACGGAGCUUUUGCUCUGCUAAAAGAUCUGUCUUAUUUAUCCAUCAGUGGCCUCCAUGAGCUUCAGAAGAUUGAGCCGUACAGCUUCAAGGGCCUGCAGAGCCUGCAAGUUCUGGAUCUCUCAAACAACCCUGAGCUCAAGACUCUGAGCCCUGCGGUUUUCAGCGGACUAGACGCCCUACAAGAGCUGAUUUUGUCUGGCUCUGGUGUGGCGUCCUUGCCAAAUAACAUCCUGACCCACCUGCCCAGUAUUAAAAGUAUCACACUGGGACAAAACAUCAACUGCUGGAGGACCCAGAAGCAGGAACAGUUCCACCGGCAGCUGGGGCAGGUCCAACGCAGCGAUGUGCUCAACUGUAAUACGGAGGGCAUCGCGUUGUGAAACGGCGCCUGUGGAAAUGGACCCCUCCUUAAGGGGCCUCUAUACUCCAUCAGAAGUGCUUGUCGGAUGAUCAAAUAGCUCCCCCCACCCUCCUCCCCACGACGUCGGAUAUAACCGUAAACACACAUUUCCAGCAUGGUCGGACAACACGUCGUACUACCAAGUUCUGAUAGUGUACCCCUGCUGCCCGUACAAUCCUGAUUCUAGAGCUGUGCCUUAUCUGCUUUGAUAUGCAAAACACUUAGUUGUUACUUUCACUUAAUUACCUCUGUUCCCAGGUGAGCCUUUGGAAUAUGUUUUAAAGUAGCGUUCAUGAACUCUCGACAGAAGUAUCAUAAAUGCUGUACCUUUUUUAAAUGUGCAGCGUUGUACAUGGCACAGGUCGAUUUUCUUUCACAUCUUAACAUGUCGCCUAAACUGGUAGAGAUCCGUUCAUAAAUGCAAAACCUUUAGCAAUGUUCAUACUGUAUGUUAUGUGCUUCAUUGAAAGUGGGACCAUAUUAAGAGCUAUUUGCACUUAAACCAGUUGUGAUGUUUUUCUUAUAAUGCACUUACACGUGGCCUGAAUAUCAUCCAGUGUAACACAAAACCUUCCGUGCAUUGCUUAUAAUAUCCACACCGAAGAAUAUUUUACAACUGUUGACCACUAAGAUUUUUUUUAUUUGACUUUGAAUGUGAUGCUUUAUUGAAAUGAUUAAAGGGAUAGUUAGACA